AUGCUCAACCGUCAUGAGCUUCGGAUGCUCAUCAUAUUUCAAGUGGCCAUGGUUUUCAUGGUCCAGAAUGUGUUCCAAAUCUACUCAACAUUUGGGCAACAGCUAAAACCGACGGAUAACUAUGUAACCGAAGCUGAGAAUCACUCCGCCGACGCUUUCUACCGCUUUGUAAGUUUUGCGCAGCCCUGUCUAACACGGUUUUUAGACUAAGGGGGACAACUUUUACUCAACUCAUGCUCAAUGGCUGACUGAUAAGCAGGACGUCUCUGUUUUCUGGUGGGAAAAUGUAAUUGCCAUCCAACAAGUAGGCAUUUUUGUUGGAUCUAUCUUGUUCGGUACGUGUCUCUUUCCGUAAUUGUGUCUAACCUCAAACAGUUCUCGUUUAGGCUAUAUUUCUGACCAUUUUGGUCGUAAAAUGGUGUGCCAGUACAGUCUAUUGGUUGCUUCUGCAGUUCUUCUGGCUGAGAGUAAGCUAGGCUAGAAGUUUAGAAUUUCACAGACAUUUUCAGGUUUUCUCUCAUCUCCACUUUGCAUUGCGAUUUGUCGGUUUAUCAUUGGAACGCAGACCGGAGCAAUAAUAGUAGUCUCAUGGAGUCUCACAACCGAACUUAUCUCUCCCAGGACUCGAUUCCUCGCUCGAGCAUUUGCUAACUGGGUAACAUUGAUAAAUAUGUGGUUUCAACUACUGAUGUGAGUACUUUUUCAGCCAACUGGCAAGUUUAUUCUAGCUCUCAUCUGUUAUUUCUCUCGGAAUUGGCGCAUUUCCCUGCAUGUCUGUGCUGGAUUCACUCUUUUUGGAGCCCUCCUCUACAUAUUCUUCGUUCCAGAAAGUCCAACAUUCCUUCAAUGCCAUGUUCGUCACCCUCGUGUCUUCGGUUUUCAAUUGUUUUUACAGGGAAAACGACAAGAAGCACACGACAUUGUUGCCGAAGUUUUCAAAAGGUCCAAGGGUCAUUGCAUUCUUUCUUUGCCACUCGGAAUACGUUCGAAACCGCUCACUUUCAACCAAAUCUGGAAGAAAGAGAAGUAUCGGAAUGUUAUCAUUCUGUUCGGAGCCAUUUGGGUCAUGACCAACUUCACAGCGACUAUGCUCGAUUUCUCGGAAGUGGUCAUUUUCCAAAACAACCUAAUGUACAGUCAAAUGCUUCUGGCCGGAGUUCCCGCUCUCUGCAAAAUUGUAAUUUUCUUUCAUUUCCCGGUCCGCCUGACUUUCUAUCGUGUUCUUUUCUUUUUCAGCUUCUAGGUCUAAUUGAAAUCUAUCUGGGGAUUAUCAGUCGCAGAAAUCUGCAUCUAGUUUCUGUUUUCGUGAACGGAGUGUCUAUGUGUGCAUCAGGUCUUCUCAUAUUCUUCGGACUUCAACAAACCUAUCCAACUCUUUACGUCAUCGUCUUUCUAAUUGGCUACGCAUCCAUCGAAUUUAUCUGGGACGCAUGCUACCUGUGAGUCUACAACUUUUGCUAGCCCAGCACGGUCGGUGUAACCACCCUAAACACAUUUCUUGCGAAAAAAGAAAAACAACUUGCUAAAAGUGGGUGCUAGGGUUGCGAUCUAUAGUUCCGCAAGGCCGGAAAAAAUUGCAAAAAAGGACUGAAGAGAGUGGGAUUCGAACCCACGCCCCCGAAGGGACUGGUGCCUUAAACCAGCGCCUUGGACCGCUCGGCCAUCUCUCCACAUAUUGUCAGGCGGACUGAAGUCGAGUGAAGUAGUAGGUCGAGUGCCGAGAGUGUGUAAAAGUAGUGUUUGCGACGGGCGGAAAUGUUGAUCGACGAGAAACAAAAAGGCAAAUACGCACUUUUUUGCAGGUGCGUGGUCGAACAAGUCCCUACAGAAGUUCGUGGAACAAUCAGUGGAGCGUGCUCCUUUCUCUCGAGGCUUUCGGGUAUUGUGGCGUCGAAAAUGGUUGGAAAAUAUAAUUUUUUGAAACAAUUUGGAGAAAAUGAGACAUUUUGACAGACAAUCGUCAAAAGACAAUGGGAACCGGCACCGCUUUUCAUCGCUUUCGCAGCCGCUAUCAUCCAUUUUCUCAUUGCGUUUUUCUUUCUUAACGAGAGUAAAGACGCCAAUCUCGGAGAGGUUUGGAGAACAACUUGAGAUCAAAGAUCAGAACAAUUUUGAGUUUUAGAUUGGAUUCACACUGCGAAGAAUCAGUCAGAAGGUGACUCAGGGCAUCAACCACAUCCGACAAAUGACAAAGAAGGAGAAGAAGGAGGGUCCGAGUGAAUCAACGGUUCCAGGAGUCGUGAUCCUCGAACGCAACAAUGCAGACCUCGUUGUUCCCCCGAAAUCUGAAACUGAAUGA